AUUAAAUCGAAAUUAUGUAUUCGUUCAAUUUGGGUGAAUCGUUAGGUGUUCUAAUUUUCUUUGUUCCAAGGUAAUAAUUGAGAUAGCAUCAUGGAGCAAAUAUUUAUGAUCGAAGUUUUUGUUAAAAGGAUAGUUCUCAAAAUAGAGCCACCUGAAAAAGAUGAGUAUGAGCUUAGAAUGGAAGAAGAGGCCCGGAAACGGGAAGCGGAAGCUCUGGCUGCUCUAGAAGCUGCCCAAAAAGGCAAAAAAGGCAAGAAACCCCCUAAACCAAAAGGAAAGAAAGGGAAGAAAGGCAAAGAACCGCCAAUGCCCUCUGAAGAAGAAAUGAAGUUUAUGCAAACGUGCACCAUGCAAAUGAAUUGUCUACCUCUGUUUGAUUUUUAUGUAGCUCACGAUAACUUCAUCGCUCCACCGCCACCAGAGCCGCCAACGAAAGGUAAGAAGAAGAAACCACCAAAACCCAAAAAAGGUAAAAAAGGAAAAGCAGUCCCACAGAAGAUUAUCCUCCCUUCUGAACCUUUACCACAGCCACCCUUUUUCGGCGUCGGAAAUUCCGUCAUGUUUCUCUCUAGACCUUCCAAAUUAGAGGAUAUGCUCAGAGACACUCCCAUUUAUAUAACAGUUUGGAACAGAGACCAAGAAAUGAACUGUAUAGGUUUUUGCGUUGUUGAAUGGCACAAAUCAUUCUUUGAAUGCUUGCAAAGGGCUGCGGAUCUCAAUCCAGUUGACAUGACAGCAGCCGAAUACAGAGAUACUAAGAAACCUGAGAUGAUAACAAACACCGUAGAACUGACUCGCCCACUGCAAUGCGAAGAAGAUUUGAAAUCAUCAGGCGAAGUAGAAUUCUUCAUUCGUCUGUCAUGUAUGGGAAACAGAGUGCUUAGUUACUUUGUUGCAUUGCCAGAAAUGGAACGUUUACCGGGAAGGAAAUAUCUCACGGACGACUUGAAACUUAAAGAUGUUGAAGUGGUCAGACAUUGGGAGGGAACAGCUAUAGAAUCUGUACCGCCAGUGGCAUACUUUUUUGGAGCUCCAGACAUUACUAAAGAGCCAAUAAGACCUGAGCCUGAGCCUGUGAUGUAUGAAGACUUUGUAGCUCCAUUUACUAAAAGUGAACUAGCUAUUUUGGCAAUGGGAUUCCCUAAAGGUCCUUGUGGGGGUACUAAUUGUCCAAAACGUAUGGAUUAUAGAGGCAGUCAACAUCAAUUUAUUCAUGGUGAAAUGGUUAAAGGUAAAUAUCAGCAUGGUUCGUUUGUUAACAAGAGAGAUGUUCAUGGACCAUGCGGAAGACUGGACUGUCCUUUAGCGAAGAAAGUUCGAAAAUAUAUAUGCAACGAAGGUGCUUAUAAAACCUGCAAAAAACCAUGCCCUAAAGAAUAUUACUAAUUUGUCCAACAUAAACCGUAGUUAUGUUUUAAUGAUUGAUAAAAUGAAACUAAUUAAAAAUACUUUCAGUUUAA